AUGACAACAAUACGACCAUCCAAUAGUUCAUCAUUUCCUGACAAACCGGUCAAUCCUGUUUUUCCUCCAAUGUCUCAUACAAUUACAAAUGGUAUUAGACCACCAUUAUUUCCACCUAAUAUUUCUUCAAUUUCUACUCAAAAUGCUUCAAUUUUUCCACCCACUAUUCAACCUUUGUCGAAUGUUUAUAAUACAAAAAUAAAUCCAACAUUACCAUCAUCAAAUGUUUCUCAUACAAACAUCAAUCCUACUCAAUCAAUAACAAAUACUGAAAAAUUAAAUACAAAUCCAAUAUUACCAUCAUCAAAUGUCUUUAAUACACAUACAAUACCAACUCCACCAUUAUCAAAUGUUUCUACUGCAAAUGGAAAUUCAACUCCGCCAUUCGCAAACAUUUAUAAUACAAAUAUAAAUCCAACAUCAUCACCAUCAUAUGGAUAUAAUACUAAUUCAAAUCUACCACCAACAACUACCUAUCCUAUGAGUCAAAAUCUAUCUCCAUCCAACGUUUAUAAUCCUCUUUCAACAUCUCAACCAUCAAUUCGUCCAAUGUAUCCUUCGCCAUCAUCUGCUUAUCGUCCUCAAGUAUCACAACAAUCAUCUCAAUU